AUGCCAACUUCCUGCACUCUGAAUCUCAUUGGCGGACUGAACGAAGCCAGUCUCGCAUCACGAUCGUCCGCUUUUGGAAUCGAUCGGGGCACGUGGAAACCAGUAUUUUCUGGAUUGCGUAGCAAGUCGGCCGAGUUCAGUGGCUUUACACCGUUACUCAUCUACACAUCUUCCCUGCUUUGAUUCUCUCCAAAAGUUCUACUAUCUAUUCGCUAUGCUGCCACGACACGUCCGAAGAAUUCUUAUCACGGCCUCGACACCAGCACUCAUUCGUACGGCUAUCGCAAGUCGAAGUUCAAUACGUCCAUCUCUUCGAUUUCGCCCCGCAAUAGCAGGACCAUCUCAAUCAGCUUCGUUCCAUUCUUCUUCGAGACGACUAAAUGAACCACGGUCACCGUUUCAAACAUUUGUUGACGUGCUGAAAGAGGAGCUUCGCAAGAAUCGGGAAUUGCAGGAAAAUGUCAAGCAACUGCAGGGUGAUGUGGACAAACUGCAGGACUCGGAGGCUAUGAAGAAGGCUCGGGCUGCAUACGAGCGGGCAAGAUUGACUUCCAGUAUCAAAGAGAACCCUCGACUACGCGCGGCGGCAGAGGAACUCCGUAAGACUGGUGUCAAGGUCGGCGAUGCUGUCUCGGAAGCACUCAAGACCAUGGAGGAGAGUGAGCUUAUGCGAACCAUUUCCCGAGCAUCGGCUGCUGUGUCAUCGACAAUUGCCUCCACUACCGAACCGAUACGAAAAACUGCUGCCUACAAAACUCUAUCAGAAACCCUUGUAGAAGCGUUGGAUGAUAGUGGAAGUGCCAAACAUGCUGGUUUCGAGGAGAAGGAGGCUCGUCGGAAACGGAGGCAGAUGCGAUUAGCUAAGGCAGGGAAGAAUAGCAUGACUGGGCCUAACGCGCGAGUCAAAGCUGAUCCUGAGGCUGGCCAAGCAGUAGUCCUCCAUAAAGACUCGCCACGCCAAGAAGCGUGGAACCGAAUGAAAGAGACCAAUCCUGUCUUCCGCAAACUCUCGGAACUCCGACAACAAUUUGACGAGUCUGAACAUCCUGUCGUUGCAUCAUUGCGUUCUAUGACUCAGACCGUCGGUUCAUGGUUUGACGAGAAUGAGAGUGCGCAGGUACAGAGGAUGAUGAAAGUUAUGGACCCUACAUUUAGUAUGGAGCGUUUUGAGAGGGAGUUGAGGGAGUAUAUUGUUCCUGAAGUCGUAGAUGCGUAUUUGAGUGCAGAUCGGGAGGCCUUGCAGGCCUGGUGUGGUGAGGCCACGUACAAUGUCCUUUGGGCAACGAUGGAGCAGUACUUGAAGCAAGGUCUCAUCAGUGAUAGCAAAUGUCUUGAUAUCAGACAAGUAGACGUUUCAAUGGGCAAGAUCCUAGAGAACGACAUACCUGUGUAUGUUAUUACCUUCGCCACUCAGGAGAUGCUGCUGUUCCGAAAUGCCAAAACACGAGAGAUCAUCGUUGGUGCUGAAGACAAGGUGGAACAAUGUCACUACGCGGCUGUUAUCACCAGAGCAGAGGAGGAGUUGGAUAAUGAGUUAACUGGGGGAUGGAAAGUCAUCGAUAUGGCUCGUCGUUCAGCUCGUGCAUACCUCUGAUCAACCAAAAAUUAUUCUUUCAUCCCAACCGACAUCCUUCUUGGACAUCCUAUCCAUGUACCAUGCACCCUGCUUUGCUUCGACACUUGCGUGCCAUAUCUUCACGUCGCACAGACAAUCAUCCCCCACUCCACUCAGCCCCGGCCUGACUACAAAGUAUAUCAUUAUAUCUAGCUCAUACUCUAUUCGUAAUGACAUUAGACAGAGCUACGGGACCUGUUCAUGGCGCUGAGCAGCUCCUGUACUUUUUCGUGACGACUC